CGCACUGCAUGGUCCACCACUAACGGGUGAAAAGAUAAUGUUUUACUGGCUUGAUAACAUGACAAAUGAUAAAUCAUUGAAUGUUUUGAUGAAAAUUCGCGAGAUAAGAAAACAUACAGGUUCCAAAUUUGAAGAUAUCGUAUUGGCAGCUUUUUCCGCUAGUGUACACAAAUAUCAUUUAACCAUCAAGAAAACAGCUCCUGAUGCAUUAACAGUUCUUUCCCCAGUAAGAAUGGUAAUACCUGGCGAAAAUUUAACGUUAGAUAACAACUUUUCGAUUGCUUUCUUGCGAAUUUGUAUCCCCAAUGCGAAUGGGCAAAAAAUCGUCGAGCCAAAUCGGGAUUCUCAGUUUUUUAAGCAUCUUCAAGAUAUUGCAAGAGCAAAUAACGAGCUCAGAAAGCGUUCAGACAUUUUGCUUAAUUAUUGGAUCAUGAAGUAUCUGGCCGCGUUAUUGCCGGCGAAAAUGUUUAUGCAGGCUUGUCUUUUAAUAAGUGACGGCACGAUGGGGUUUAGCAAUUUGUCCGGACCAGAAAAAGUUCGUAUUCUGAAUAAUUCUUUGAGCAACUUUGUCAUCUGGAUACCAACAAGAAACACUAUUGCUCUCGGCCUAACCCUGUUUAGUUACGGAGGCAAUUUACAACUUUCUUUAAUAGCUGAUAAGUCAAUCGUAAAAGAUGAGACAUCUUUUAAAGAGCUUUUCAAAAAUACUGUACAUGAAAUAGAGACUGCUUAUAAUCAUGUUAUACUUAUGCGCCUAUUGAAAACAUCAGAUCUUCCGAUAGAAACACUCGCGGAGAAAGAUAUCGGCGUGUUUCAAAAAAAGAAAUAUGAGUGA